AUGAACACCGCCAGUACAUAUGAGGUGCUCAAAGCCAUUACACUAUCACCGCCAUCGGCCGAAGAGAUUUUGGAACGAAGGCGUAGACGACUCAGCGAAAUGAAACGGCACCAACUCCCAUCACUUGGCUUUGUACCGGACGCUGUCAGUGAUCCAAAUGAACGGAGGGAACGAUUGGAAAAGUGGCUGCAAGCAGUGCUGCAUAUACCUGUCAAUAGGAAUCAUCAUGAAACAGCAGAAUUCCUGGAAGUAUCACGCUUUUCAUUUAUCAAUGAACUGGGCGGAAAAUACUGCGAAAGCUUCGUUAAAAAACGUCCGGGUGGUGCACGAGUUUUCAUCGGUUGGAAGCAAUUCUGUGUGCGCCAUUGUUUGAGGUGGUCCAAGCGAUGGCUUAUUUUAAAGGUGAAUUAUUCGCCCACCGUUUUUUUUUUCUUGAUUUGCACGAUUGGAAUAUGUUUAGGCUCAUUUUAUUGGCCUCCGUAAUA